AUGUCUAAUCAAGUCAACACCUUUGAGGACCUUACGGGUGUCUCGACUUCCUCAUUCAGCAACCCCUACGACGCAUUGAUUGCGGCAUGCGAAGAUGACCCGACAAAGAUCCAAGAGAAAUAUCAGUUGCACCGCACCACAAGGAAUGCCCAGCAGAAGGCGAAGAUGCUCGACAAGAACUUCCAAGGUGUAAACAUAGAUCCAAUACUGUUGAGACUACAAGAUCCCACUGUCGAGCCAGGAUUCAAAGAUCCCCGCAACUGCCUCGUCUUUUGGGGUCGUCCGACAGAGCAGGUCAAAGAUAUGAUCAAUCGAGUGCAACAGGAACUGCUUACGGUGGCACCUAAUCUCUGGCUCAUGCCCCGCGACAACCUCCAUAUUACAGUACUGGAGGUAACGCAUUCGAAGACGGCACCAGAGAUACAGAAACUAGUAGAUGGAGUACGAGACAAGGUACCUGCCAUCGCUGACUACACACAUGGCCACCGUACGCGCCUGAUCAAGCCGUUCAUCGGGUACGACGCCUCAGCCAUAGCAUUAAGCUUUGUACCUGCAGCCAGCGAAGGUCUACAUUCCGGUCGUACACCGGAAGACGACAAGUUUACUUACCACCAUCUCCGCCGAGAUAUCUUCUCCAUGUGUCGUGACGCAGGUCUUCAAGUGGAGUCGCGGUACGUUGUACCCUCAAGCCAUCUCACCAUCAGCCGCUUUCUCUAUACCAAAGACUUGGAGGACGGAAAUGGGGCGCCUGAUCCUGCGAAGACGAAAGCCUUGAUAGACAAGAUUGAAGAGAUCAACGCUUGGCUAGAAAAGGAUUAUUGGCCGGAGCAUAAUGCAGGUGCGAUACCUGCUGGUGGAGAGUUCAACGUGGGUCAAGAAAAGGGUCUGCACUGCGGAUCAGGUACUCUGUGGUACGGUGGAGGCGAGGCAGUGCAUAGUGGGAAAGGUUACUGA